AUGACGGCGUCGUCCUUCUCUGAAGGAGGAAAAGGAGGAGAGGAAGGUAAAGAAGAAGAAGAACGAGACGUGAUGAGUCGAGCGGAGUUCGUGUCGAAUCUCAUAAAGGCGAUGGAGAUGUCCAAGAAAAGAAACGAGGAGGAGGAGGAGGAGAACGACAACGAUUCAAAGACGAGAGCAAAGAAGUGCGCGAGAAAAAUGCGAUUCGAUUACCCGCAAGUGACGAGGAAAGAACUGGAACGGUUGAGCGAAACGCUCGAUAAAGAUGGAACAGAUUUGAGAUUUGACUCGAAAGUGCUCGAGAAUAUCGCGCUCGGGGCGACGAAAGCAGAUGAUGCGAACAGCAAUACGAACAGCACCGUUGAUGGGGUUGGGAGUAAAGACGCGCACAGAAAGCUAGCGAUUCAAGUUUUUGCGGAGUUUCCUUUGCGAAUGAUGGGAGACGACGAGACGGCGGCGAGGGAAGCGGAGGCGAUUUUAGGGGAGGUGGAUUUCAGCGAGGAGGAAGAAGCGGAGAUGGAUGAACCCGGGUUGGAGGAUGUCGUGGCGUUUGCAGAGGAGAGUGGCGUCGAGAAAGCGACGACGGCUAUAGAAAAGAACUCGAGUGAGUCUAAAAAUGGGGGCGUCGCGGCGAAGGAUGACGACUCGACGGACGACGACGACGACGCGGCGAAUUGGCUCCCUCUGGAAAUGAACGGGUUGAAUACCACGAGCAACGGAGAGAUGGAGACGCAACGAAGGCAUGUCAGGACGUUCACGAGGAUUGAAAAAGUGCAGUUUCUUUUACGGAAGUUGACGCCGGCGUUGAUUGGCGCGGACGACUACUCGAGAGUUUCCGACGGCUCCGCGCCGUACGUUUCUAGAAAAACAACCGAAACGCUCACAAAACUGUUCGAGAACAUCUCCGAGAAAAUACAAAGUAGUGAUAGAAAGAAUAGCGGAGGAGAUGAGUAUUUGUUUUAUCGUGAGAUGCGUUCAGCUGCGAUGAACUGUCUGCGCUCGAGAUUUCUCGUGAGUCCGAACGAUAUCGUCGCGAACGAGUGUUUGAAACGAAUUUUGAAAUCGUUGCGAUUCGGCGAAUACGCGAAACGAUCCGCUUUGGAGAAGAAAAUGAACGGCGACGACGGCGCGAAAGAGGAUGAGUUAGACUCGAUGGCACUUUUAGCGCACUUGGCGGUUCGAUUUGCGGAGAAAAACGCGCUCGGGGUGAACUUUUCAGUUUUCGGACAACUUGAGAAGAGCGCAUCUUCUUCUUCGAGUAAUUUAUCGAACGCGAGAAGAGCGUUCGCGCCGCUCGUCGCGGAUUCGCUUUUGGUUAUUGCCACUCGAUUCUGGAGUUUUGCCGGUACGGAGAAGGAUAAAAAAGGCAACGACAGCAUGACAAAUGUCGACGAAGAAGACACCGCGUUGAACGCGUGUGCGCUGUUGUUAUCGUACGUGUUCACAACGAGCGACGCGAACGCCGCCGACGGCAUGAUUUUGAAUUCUGGGUGCAUCGCUUCCCUGGCGGCGUAUUUUUCUGCAAAAGGCGUCCUCAAAAUAGAAGAAGAAGACAACGCGUCCUCUUACUUCGCACCUGGAUCAGCCGCAGCGCGACGAUGCAUCAGUUUAGGCAUCGCGUCUUCGAAAGCUACCAGAGAAUACUUUUCGAAAGCGCCGAUGUGCGUCGCGGCGUCCAAGUUGGAUACCUUUGUAAACAGUUCGCACGGCGUCGUUUGGUCGCUCGCCGUCGACGCCGACGAAGAAGAAGCGGUGAAACGAAUGAAGCAUAUCUCAUCAACGCACGCAAACUCAAUUGAAAUGUUGAAUACGAUUUUGCUCGUUUCGGCGUGCUUCGCUUCGGCGAAUACUAAAAACAACGCGUUGUGGCAGAGAAAGGGCGCGUUUCACCAAACGUUGGCGGAGAUUUUAGCGUCCACGAAAGAGGUUGAAAAAUGCCUCGUCGAAGACGCGAAACGAAGAAUCGCCGAACGCAGAGGUCAAAACGAAAGGAAGCAAAACGAUAGCGACGACGACGAAGAUGAUAAGAACACAGAAUCGGUGAACGCUUCCUCUCUAUCGGACGCUAAAAUUGACCCAGAAUUGGAAAAAGCGAGAGACAUCGCGACUUUGUCGAGCAGAGUGUUAAAGGAUCUCGUCGCGGCGAGCACUUUGGGGGACGUCGCUGCCAUUCGAAAGAGCGAUUAG